UUGAACCUUAGAGGCACAAUAUACAAGGAGGGGUCUUGCUCUUGUAGGCUAUACUCAAAGCCAGUAUAUUAAAUUUGGAUUCACAGCACACAUACUACUCUAACUCAGGGUUUUUUUUUUUUUUUAUUCCAACCUCGGUGUAUUUUUAACGUUUCUUCAUGUGGUACAGGCUUUGAGUUACAAUGUCUGAGCUGGAAAAACUUCUCACCGAUACACUUUAUUACCUGCAGAUGGCGCUACAGCUCUGGCUGAUCAAAGACUCCCUCCUGCCCUCCUCCACUCACUCCAUCAACCUCCCUGACUGUUGUUUGGCGCACUGAGAGUCAGGACGCGCACACCCGACGCAUCACAACCUGAGGUCCCAGGUCUGGAGAGCAGCAUCCUGGAAUUCUGAUUUUUCCCUGACUCUAUGAAUUUCAAGAUUAUGUUGACAACACGUCGAUGCCUCGUGUUUGUUGUGACUUUUGCCAAACUCUCUCCCUUCCGCCACACAGCGCUGGUGUUCGUUUUGGUGGUGGUUUAUCCGUUUGUGUUUGGUUGAGCAUGCCGCAGGUGUCCCUGUCUGAACUGAUGUCUGCUGCUGGUGUGACUGCUGCUGAGGCUGGUGCUGAUGCUGCAGCGGCAUCUUCACGACUCUGUCUCUGUGUGUGACUCACUGUGACCACAAACAUCCCGCCUCCAGGUCCUCUGUUACCUCUGCUCUGACGCUGAGAUUCACGGAUCUGCGCUCUAUAGGUGAGAGACAGAGAGUGAAACAGAAGUAAAAGGAGUUAGAAUUUUGGUCUGUUAAUAUCUUAAUCGGGUAUAAAAAAAGAAAGAAAGAAAAAACAAAACAAAUGAAAAUACGCGGUGUUGCUCUGAAGAAGUGUUCGUUCGCUGCGGAGUGAAUCUUUGACAGAGAACUCGUUGCGCGCCGGUUCAUCCCUGGAGUUGGACCAGGAUCAUGGCAGGAAAGUCCGGAGCCAAGGGGCCUCGGAAGUCCCAGUACCACUUAGGGUCAGAUCUGACCCCGUAAAUAAACAGCAUGCCCUUUUGGCCCAACCGCUCUGAGUGUCUCUCCCACGGUAACUGCAGCUGGGAGAAGAUCCAGAACGACAGCAACAUCAGCUGGAGUCCAGAGGACCUUCCUCCUCUUAACUACUACUCUAUCCCCCUCCUCACGGUCAUCACCGUUGCCUGCACGCUGCUCUUUCUGGUCGGGAUGCCCGGUAACGUCAUGACCAUCUUGGUGGUCAGCAAAUACCGGGACAUGCGCACGACCACCAACCUGUACCUGUGCAGCAUGGCCGUGUCGGACCUCCUCAUCUUCCUCUGCAUGCCCCUGGACCUGUACCGCAUGUGGAGGUACAGGCCGUGGCUUCUGGGGGACGCGCUGUGUAAACUCUUUCAGUUCGUGUCAGAAUCGUGCACCUACUCCACCAUCCUCAGCAUCACCGCGCUCUCAGUGGAGAGAUACCUGGCUAUCUGCUUCCCACUGCGCGCCAAGGCUCUGGUGACCAAACGCAGGGUCCGCGCCCUCAUCCUCCUGCUGUGGACCGUGUCUCUGCUGAGCGCAGGGCCCGUGUUCGUCAUGGUGGGAGUGGAGAGGGACGGUACAGGCAUGGAGCCACUGAACUUCACGCUGGACGUCAACGAGACUGACUUGUACCCGGAGAUUGGAGACACCAGAGAGUGUAAGAUGACGCACUACGCCGUGGAGUCGGGGCUGAUGGAAGCCAUGGUUUGGCUGAGCUCCGUCUUCUUCUUCAUGCCAGUCUUCUGUCUCACGGUCCUCUACAGUCUGAUAGGGCGGAGGCUGUGGCAGAGACACCGGGAGACGAACAUCAGAUCCCGCGUCUCCUACAGAGACAAGAGCAACAGGCAGACCAUCAAGAUGCUGGUGGUGGUGGUCCUGGCUUUUGUCCUGUGUUGGCUGCCCUUCCACGUGGGUCGCUACCUUCAGUUUCGCUCCCUGGACGCUCCGUCCCCUUUUCUGUCUCUGUUGUCAGAGUACUGCAGCUUGGUGUCCGUGGUCCUCUUCUAUCUGAGUGCCGCCAUCAACCCCAUCCUCUACAACACCAUGUCCUGGAAGUACAGGGUCGCGGCCGCUCGUCUCUUCGGCCUGGCCGACAACCAACCGCCACGAGGACGGACAGUGACCGCCAGCUCUGUGAAGGGAGACGGGUUGAAUGUGUGGACGGAGUCCACAGUCAGCUUCUGAAAUAUAGUCAAAUGUAACAUCAGUCCAUAAGAAGACUUUUUAUUGUUGUUUCUGAUUAUUAUUUCGGGGUCUCAAAUUACACGUACCGUUUUUUUCCGUACUAAGUCGCAGCAGCCAAAAAACACAUAAUGAAGAAGAAAAAACAUAUAUAUAAGUCGCUCCGGUGUAAAAGUCGCACCAGUGCCCUCUAGAGGCUGUCAGUAUGAAAAUAAUAAGUAAA